UUUUGGGCCGGUGUUCAUUAUCAUAUAGAGUAAACAUCUUGCGCCUGAUAGAACGCAGACAACGAAAUGAGUAAAAAGUGGUUUCCACCUCUGUCCAACUUGGAGAGGGGCGUGGACGGACUCCAUAUUGAUGACGUCACUCCCGAUACCGUAGCUACGUCGUCACGCUAUACAUUUACUUCCGGUCCCGAGACAGAACCCCUGGUUCCGCCCAUUUUUCAUUCUUCCACAUAUAAACUACGGUCUGUAGAUGAUUAUCUUAAGAUCUUGGAGGAGGGUGGAUACAUUUAUUCAAGAUUAAGCAACUUUACGUGUGAUUCAGUUCAAUCAGCAAUCAAUGGCAUUGAAGGCGGCAAAGCCACUCUAGUCUUUGGCACUGGCAUGGCUGCAAUAUCCACUGCGUUACUUUGUUUUCUUAAAAGUGGCGACCAUAUAGUGGUGAAUAACCCUUGCUACAGUGGUACUUAUGACAUGGUUGUAAACAUACUCCCUCGUUAUGGAAUCGAACACACCUUUGUCCCUACAGGGUGUCCGAUCGAGGAGUACCACAAACAUGUUAAAUCUAACACUAGGAUGUUAUAUGGCGAGACACCAUGUAAUCCCAACAUGGCUGUCCUUGACCUUGAGGCGUUUGGGAAGCUGGGAAGGUCAUUAGAUAAUGUUCUUACAAUGGUGGACAGCACAUUCGCCAGUCCCUAUCUUCAGCCUGUUAUAAAACAUGGAAUCGACAUUUCGAUGCACAGCUGCACCAAAUAUCUCGGGGGUCACAGUGACCUUGUGGGUGGAUGUUUGACCUUUGCCUCUGUUGACCUUUGGAAAACUGUGAUUCACUAUCAAACCAGUCUGGGAACGACACUGUCACCCCACGAUGCCAGUCUCCUCCUCCGUGGAAUCAAAACCCUUCCUGUCCGCAUGGAGAGACACAGCUCUAAUGCCCAGAAAGUGGCCGAGUUCUUGGAAAAGCAUCCAAAGGUUGAGAGGGUGAUGUACCCUGGUCUUCCAUCUCAUCCGCAACAUCAGAUUGCAAAGAAACAGAUGAAGAUGUUCAGUGGAAUGAUCGCCGCUGAGAUUAAGGGAGGGGUGCAAGGAGGGAAGAUCCUUGUAGAGAAUGUGCGCCUAAUACAACUGGCAGUUUCCUUGGGAGGAGUAGAAAGUCUAAUCGAACACCCUGCCACGAUGACGCAUGGCCCAAUGCUGAUGACGUCAGAGGACAGACUGAGUGGUGGUAUAACCGAUGGUCUUAUAAGACUUAGUGUCGGUUUAGAGGAUGCAGAUGACUUGAUCAAAGACCUAACACAAGCAUUAGAUAAAAUUCCAGACAGUCUCUUAGCUUAAUGUGGAUACAAUUAUAGUAUGACAAAGUACCUUGAAGACGGAUUGCUCACUGUACUUAGUUCAUUAACGCAAUAAAAUUAGAACAGUAA